AAAAGAGACAGAAAUCGGUUUGCUUUUUCUUGAUUGUAACACACAACAAUAAAACUUUUUCCUCUGUUUUCUCCCCCUCUCUAUCUCUAUCUAGAAUGGAACUCGCACAUAGUUUCACAUCAACUCCACCAAUCAAAAAGUAUCCCAAUAAUACCACUCCCUUCUCUUUCUACUCCGCAUCCCAAUUCUCAAUUUUCAGAAAAAACCCUUGUUUCAUUUCCAAAGGAAAACUUUCAAUGUCUUCCUCUGCGCAAAACUCGUCUUCUUUUUCGUCUUCCUCUUCUGUUGGUGGAGUCACUAGUGAAGGAUUAGAGGAUUCAUCACCUGGAGUAGCAGGGCAAAAUGAUUUGUUAAUUGUAGGGCCUGGUGUACUUGGUCAAAUUGUAGCACAACAAUGGAGAAAGGAACACCCAGGGUGUCAAAUAUAUGGACAAACAAUGACAACUGAUCACCAUGAUGAUUUGAUAAAGGCUGGGAUAAUUCCGUCUUUAAGGGGCUCGGAAACAUCGUAUAAAUGCCCCUACGUUAUCUUUUGUGCUCCACCAUCUCGGACAGCUGAUUAUCCUGCUGAUGUGAGGCUUGCUGCAUCAAAUUGGAGUGGUGAAGGUUCAUUUGUAUUUACGUCAAGCUCUGCUCCAUAUGAUUGCAAUGACAAUGGAUCAUGUGAUGAGAACUCUCCAGUAGUGCCAAUUGGCCGAAGCCCUCGAACAGAUGUCCUUCUAAAGGCAGAAAAAGUUGUCCUGGAGGUUGGCGGUUGUGUUGUUAGAUUAGCGGGCCUUUAUAUGGCUGAUAGAGGUGCCCAUAAUUAUUGGUUGGAGAAAGGGAUAGUUGACGCUGAUCCGGAUCACAUCCUCAAUCUUAUACACUACGAGGAUGCAGCAUCACUAGCAAUAGCAAUUUUGAAAAAGAAAUUGCGGGGACGGAUCUUUCUGGGAUGUGAUAAUCAUCCUUUAUCGAGGCAAGAAAUAAUGGAAUUGGUCAAUAGAAGUGGAAAAUUCAGCAAAAAGUUUGAGAAGUUUACAGGCAAAGGUCCUUUAGGGAAGCGUUUAAAUAACUCAAAAACUCGUCAAGAAAUUGGAUGGGAACCGAAGUACCCAAGCUUUGCUCAGUUUCUUGGACUACAGGACUAGGUGCAAGUUCUCUUUCUCGCUUCCUUUCAAUUCAGGAUUUCUGCUAUAAAGAAAAAAAGUAGUCAGUUUGGGUGAGAUGUUGAUAAGCUUCACUGCAUCUAUUUUCUGCACCUGAUGACGAUUUUUCUGAUCAUUGAACAUUAAUUUUCCCAUAGACAAUUGUCCCAUGAUAUUUCCAACCGUUAUUUGUACAUGUUUGUAAGGGUGAUGAUUCAUAGCAUAAUUCUGUACAAAUUUACAAACCACUGAAAAAAUGUUAAUGUUUUUGUUCUAAUAAUUCUAUGAUUCUGUUUAUUGGGAUGAA